AUGGAUGACCUUAACUGCACCUCUGAGCAGAGACUGAAAGGUGCGGUGUCUUUGCUACGAGAUGAAGCCUAUCAAUGUGUACCUUAUACUGCAUUGAUAGAUGUAGGAUCUACCCAUUCCUAUGUUGCCUGUACUGUUACUGAGAACUUGGGGAUUCUGGUUGAGAAUACUUCAAGUGGAAUUACUAUAUUGAGUCUGUUGGGGCAGUCCAUAAAAGUUAAUAAAUUGUUUAGAGACGUCCCUUUAGAAAUACAAGGGGUUAUCUUUCCGAUAGAUCUGAUGGAACUCUCUUUUGGAGAAUUUAAUUUGAUACUGGGCAUGGACUCGGCUAAGAAGUUGAUUUGUAAGGGUUGUGAGGCGUUCUUGGCCUACAUCAGUGUUUUAGAAGUUGGGAAAUGUUCGGUAAAGGAUAUUAGGACUGUUAAGGAUUUUCCAGACGUCUUUCUUGAGGAGCUACCGGGGUUACCCCUAGAACGUGCAAUAGAGUUUGGGAUUGAGCUCCUUCCUGGUAUAGCUCCGGUAUCCAUCACCCCAUAUAGAAUGGCACCAAAGGAGCUUGUAGAACUCAAAGCUCAAAUUUAA